UAGUCUCGGCCAUUUCAUUGAUCAUUUCUUUCGGUUUCUGUCUACAACACUGAUUCUUGCCAGAGGUUUGCGCUUUGCGCCUGGGGUAACAUGUCUUGUCGAGUGGUAGUGACAGCCAAUCCUUUGGCUCGGUCGCUCAUUCGUGACAGCCCUCGUCGAAGCCUUGCGCGUUCCCAAUAUAACCACAGCUCAUUUCGCUGUUACGCAACUACUCUCUCCUCCUUCCAGACGAACCCUCAAGAGCAAGCGCCGCCUAACUUCGCGACCGGAAAUGAAGUGACAACGCCACAAACGCUGACGGAGAAGAUCCUUCAGCGUUACUCGGUUGGCCUUCCAAAGGGCAAAGUUGUUCGAAGCGGCGAUUACGUCCAGAUUCAACCUCACAGAUGCCUCACACAUGACAAUACAUGGCCUGUGGCCAUGCGAUUUAUGUCGACGGGUGCUACCAAGAUUAAAGAUCCUUCUCAGCUUGUCUUUGCACUUGAUCAUGAUAUACAAAACACAAGUCCCAGCAACUUGAAGAAGUACCAUCAGAUAGAAGAGUUUGCGAAGAAGCAUGGCGUCAACUUUUUUGGUGCAGGUCAUGGCAUCGGCCACCAAAUCAUGGUGGAAGAGCUUUUUGUUUGGCCAGGAACAUUAUGCGUUGGAUCCGACAGUCACAGUAACAUGUACGGAGCCCUGGGAAGCUUGGGAGUGGCUUUGGUUAGAACCGAUGCGGCCGGAAUAUACGCUACUGGGAAGAGUUGGUUCCAGUGCCCCCCAAUCGUGCAGGUGAAUCUUCUGGGGACACUACCCCCAGGCGUUCGUGGGAAAGACGUUAUUGUUGCACUUUGUGGGCUUUUCCCACUGGAUGUGCUGAACCACAGUGUUGAGUUUGUGGGAUCGGAGGAAACCAUGGCGAGCAUCCCCAUGGACGACAGACUGACAAUCAGUAACAUGUCGACUGAAUGGUCUGCAACAUCCGCAAUGUUCCCCUUGGAUACGACACUAGAACGGUGGAUGCGAUACAAGGCUACAGAGGCAGCAAUGCUAGAGCACCGAACGACUCGACAACGAAUUACGCACGAAAUGGUUGACGAACUCUUUUCCACACCUCUCCGGGCUGACCCUGGAGCGCACUAUGCAAAGAAACUCUACCUUGACCUUUCUACUCUGUCUCCUUAUAUCUCUGGGCCGAACUCGGUCAAAAUCUCAACACCCCUGCAUGACCUCGCAGCACAAAACAUCAAGAUAAACAAGGGAUACAUUGUUAGCUGCACUAACUCGCGAAGUUCAGAUCUCAAAGCUGCAGCCCAGGUAUUUCAAGCUGCCGCCAAGUCAAAUGGUGGCAAAAUCCCCAAGAUUGCAGAUGGUGUCAAGCUAUACAUUGCAGCAGCUUCAGCCAGUGAGCAGGCCAUUGCUGAGGAUGAAGGUAGCUGGCAGACCUUGGUCGAAGCUGGAGCUACUGUUCUCCCACCUUCAUGUGGCCCAUGUAUCGGACUGGGCACGGGUCUAUUAGAAGAUGGCGAAACUGGGAUCUCUGCAUCAAAUCGCAAUUUCAAGGGCCGUCUCGGGUCAAGACUUGCUCAUGCGUACCUCAGUAGCCCCGAGGUCGUGGCUGCAAGCGCUUUAAACGGCGUUCUUUCAGGUCCGGGCAUCUACCAGGUGCCUGAGAACUACAACGGCGUCCAGUAUGGUUACGGCACCGGAAAACCUGCAACAAUCGAAAACGAGCUCGGCAAUGCUCUCGAGCAGCUCGAGUCUCUGAUCGACAGGGUUGAGACGACCGCUGGUCUCGGCGAUGAUCCUGCUGCCCAAUCAGGCACGAACAUCCUCCCAGGCUUCCCGUCCAAGAUAACUGGUGAAAUCAUCUUCGCUGAUGCUGAUAAUCUGGAUACCGACAACGUAUAUGCCGGCAAAUAUACUUAUCAAGAUGAUAUGACAAGGGAAGAUAUGGCACGAGUCUGCAUGGAAAACUAUGACCCAGAGUUCAGGUCAAUCACAAAACCCAGCGAUAUUCUCGUCUCCGGAUUCAAUUUCGGGUGUGGCUCAUCGAGAGAACAAGCAGCUACAGCUCUCCUGGCUAGGGAUAUUCCACUUGUUGUGGCGGGCAGCUUCUCCAACAUUUUUGUCCGGAAUGGCGUCAAUAAUGCACUGCCUUGUCUUGAAGUACCACGUCUGGUGGAACGUCUUCGCGCUGUCUUCUCGGAAAACAAGGUACCCACUCGGCGUACUGGAUGGACCCUGACAUGGGAUAUUACCCGGAGUGUCAUCGUGGUGCAGGAGGGGGAGAAUGGGGAACAAUGGGAAGAGAAGAUUGGAGAGUUCCCUGAGAAUUUGCAGGAAAUCAUUGCAAAGGGGGGGUUGGUUGGAUGGGUCAAGAAUGAGCUUGCUAAGGCUGCCUAGUUGACCAAGAGACUACAUGGUCUUGAGUAUGGCCCGCGGUCUGGCGGCAAAGACAUCAGACCGAGAAUACGGCACAGUCACGGAGUCACCGGACUGUAUGUUAGAUGACCGAGAUCCGUGACAGUACAUACAUGUCCUAUCACUGUGGCUGCACAAAAGCAGCAUGAGAGGAAAAGGAAUAAAGGGCGCAUAUACCCCAAAAGUCACCAAUUUUAAAACAUUUAAAACAUUCCACAAA